AUGAAACGUACCUACGAGAAUGCAAUCAGGCUCCUGGAGUCAAGAAAACGACCGGCACGGCCCAAGACCGCCGCUCUCAGGGCGCCGACGGACCAGGAAGCGCCCACGAAUAAUCAGGCUUCGACCAGGGGGCUUCCAAGCGUGUUGGGGAUGGCGGAGUGGCUUGGAGCUUUGGGACACAAUGAUACUGAGAUCGCCAAGUUGAAUCUCAUUCAUGUGAGCGGGACAAAGGGCAAAGGCAGCACGUGCGUCUUUACUCGGGAAUUUCUCUCCGCUCAUGGCCGUCGAACCGGAUUCCCGCGGCGAGUUGGCCUUUAUAGUGGCCCGCAUUUGAUUUCGACUCGGGAACGAAUACAUGUCGACGGCGGUCCCAUCACGCGAGAGGCCUUUGCGCGAUACUUCUUUGAGGUGUGGGAUUGUCUGAUGGCCCCAAGUCUGGAGCUCGACACAGGAGGAAGCACAGUUAUUGCUGGUAUGAAACCCCGGUACCUGCAGUUCAUGGCUCUCUUGGCCUUCCAUACUUUCAUCCGCGAGCAAGUGGAUGCAGCCAUAUUCGAAGUGAAUCACGGUGGAGAGUUUGAUUCAACCAACGUGAUACAAAACCCCGUUGUCACUGGCAUCUCAUCCCUUGGCCUGGACCAUGUUGCCCAACUUGGAUCGACUCUUGAAUCUAUCGCUUGGCACAAAUCUGGAAUAUUCAAAUUUGGCGCACCCGCAUUUUCUGUAAUUCAGGAACCGGGCCCGGCAGAGGUUAUGAGUCGUCGAGCGUUUGACAGGGGCACAACCGUAACAUUCAUAUCGGCCAACGAGAAUCUUCCGUCCCAUGCUGGUGUACUUGAUGUCUCGGUACAGCGACUGAAUUGCUCUUUAGCCCUUGAGCUUGCGAAGGCCUUUGUGUCUGCCAAAUGCCCUGGUUCCACAAUUAGUGACGAGGAUAUUCAAAUCGGCGUCAGGAAUUUUUCGUUGCUGGGGAGAUUUCAGGUAAUAACUAAUGGAAGUUUGCAAUGGUUUGUCGAUGGAGCGCACAAUACCUUGAGCAUGGAAGAGGCUGCGAAGUGGUUCGUCAAGGCCACAGCACCAGGUCGGAGUAACCGUCGGUGUCGAUCCGUCAUUUUCAGUCAUAAUUCGCAAGGUCGAGAUGGUCUAGAGCUGGUCCAGUGCUUGGCACGGGCAUUUCGCAGCCAUGAUUUCAGCCCUGAGCGUGUUAUAUUUACGAUGUACAAACACGCGGAUGCUGUAGGGAUUGAUACCAAGGAGCUUCUCGUGGCGUACGUGUCGGUUUGGAAAGGGGUGGACCCGCACGCUGUUGUCGCAAUCGAGCCGUCCGUUGGGGCUGCCAUCAACACGGUACAGCGGCUCGGGAAACGUGACGGUGGGAUGCAAACCUUGAUCACUGGAAGCUUGCAUCUCGUUGGGGAAGCACUCGCUGCGUUGGACCCGUCGCUGAGGGAUUGCAAAUGCAAAUGA